AUGCCAAAUAAAUCUUAUGUACCUUCUAUUGGUCAAGCUGGAGGAAUUAUACUCUUGUGGAAAUAUGGUUUCUGUCUAGAAAUUGUUAACUCCUCCACAAAUAUGUUUCAUGCUCUAAUCACCAAUGACCCUGCCAGAGGUGAAUGGUUUCUCUCCUGUGUGUAUGGAACACCUUAUAGAGAUGAUCAACCAACUCAGUGGCAGUACAUUAAUAAUCUCAGUAAAGUGGUAAAUAUCCUCUGGGUUCUCAUGGGGGAUCUAAAUAUCACCUUUGAUCUGUCUGAGAGAAAUACAAAUACCAAUCCUACUUCUGAUGAGGUUAUUGAUCUCAUUAAGGAUGCUGAACUUCAUGAUUUAGGUUUUAGUGGGUCAACCAGAACUUGGAAAUUUUUUGAGCAUUGGCUUCAAAAUGACACUUGCUUAAAUGAAAUCAAGAAUGCCUGGGUUUCUAAUACUUCUGGUUCUUCAGCUUUUAUUAUGAAUGAUAAACUAUCUAAUACUAGACAUAUUUUAUCAAAAUGGAGCAAAAACAUCUAUGAGAAUAUACAGGGGAGAAUUUCAGCUUUACAAGAUCAAAUAACUCAACUUCAGUUCACAGACAUUCAAGGCAGUAACACUGAAGAGGUCUUAAACCUUGAGAAGAAAAUUGAUUCUUUAAAUGAUAUACAAGCAUCUUCUUAUAGGCAAAAGUCUAAAGAUCAUUACUAUAAUGAUAUGGACAAGAACUCAAAAUAUUUUCAAAUUAGAGCAAACCAAAUAAGGGCUAGAAAUAGAAUAGACUCUUUACAAGCUCCAGAUGGGUUAGAAAUAAAAUAG